AUGAGUGUCGGCAGCACUUACCUCUGCGGUGCCGUCGGGGGCAAAGAUUGGUUCAGUGACCCACCCAAGCUCAGCGACCCGAUGUUCAGCGACCCGAUGUUCAGCGACCCGAUGUUCAGCGACCCGAAGUUCAGCGACUCGAAGUUCACCAAUUUGGCGCUGGACUUUUGCAAUAGUGAUUUGUCAUUCCUCGACGGUCCCAGUUACGCACUCGACGCAUACUCGCUGACCCGAUGUCCCAUGCACCCUGCCUUGACCCCUGGAGGUACUCUCUCGGCAUGUCCACCCGUGCCGGGUCCCCCUCUGUCGGGUCCCCCUUUAUCCGGUUGUCCGCCUAGCUCGUUUUCGUCGACGGAGCCAUGUCAUGCCUCGACAUCGUGGGUGACGCCAUGGCCGCCAGCGGGAGCGGCAACGCCAAGGAGUCGCGGUCCCUUUGCCGGUCCGCCAGAACCUGACGGGUCCGCAACGAUCUACGGUGCGCCUUCGUUCCCACCUUCGCCGCAUCCUGCACCUCGUCAUAAGUGUCUCACACCGCGCACUUCAAAAACCAGCACGACAUACUCACCGCACAGACACACACGCGAACCACCCCUGAGCACACCCACCGAACGUACAACCAGAGCGAACACACAAAUUGACGACCGCCGACUCGACCCAAAACCUAACCGAAGUCUGGAUGACCGACGUCUAGAUGACCGACGCCGCACCGGACUGGGUUGGUCACUGAGCGCCACUAUGAUUCGUGAUGGAUGCUAUGAUGCAAUCGACGUCCUCGAGCUCCUCGCUGCCAGCUCAAAGUGGCGCCGCUACCUUAACACCGGCAUAGAGAAGGACGACGCCACACGUAUACUUCUCACAUACCUCGAAACGGCCAGGCGCGACGUACCCAGCCAACUACUCAGACUCGCCUCUAUCAAAGAGGACCCCAAAAUGCCCCUCCUAAGUACGUUUUCUAACCCAGAUUAUGCCAUCACCCACAGAAGUUACCACAAAAGUCAACAUCACCUGGCCAGACGGCGAUUAUUGCCACCACCGAUAUCAUUGUCUCCCUGUAGUUUUCUCUGA